AUGGUGGUGGAAAGUUUCUUACACGAAGAGUCGUCGUCGGCCUACGUACGAGGUUUUUAUGCGGCGUCGUUUCUGGCCGUCGUCUUCAUGGGGGUGUCCAAGUUCGCCGGAAAGACUCUCCAGUACACCAAGUUAAUGAAAUCCGGCCGCCGGAAUUUAAUUCCGAGCAGAAUCGGGAUGCUGAUAAUCUACACUCCGGCGCUGGUUCUGUCGGUUUAUUCUUUCCGGCUGUUUCCCGGCGCCGGAAUUCGAUUUCUGCUCCUCAAGUCGGCUCUCACCAUUCAUUUGCUCAAAAGACUUUUUGAGGUAUUAUUCAUUCACAAAUUUAGCGGUGAUAUAGCCCUUGACACUGCAGUUCUAGUGUCAAAUUCUUAUCUCGUAUUUUUUGGAGGUCUAAAUUAUUUUCAACACCAUAUUCGAGGAUUUUCGAAGCCUUCCAUUGAUCUAAAAUAUGUUGGUAUUUUAUUGUUUGUGGUGGGAAAUUGUGGUAAUUUUUACCACCAUUUCCUUUUAUCUAAGUUACGACGAAAGGGCGAAAAAGACUACAAAAUUCCAAAAGGUGGCCUAUUCAAUUUAAUUAUAUGCCCUCAUUAUUUUUUUGAAAUCUUGACUUUCGUAGGAAUAGCAUUUAUCGCACAAACGAUCUUCGCAUUCAUGGGGGUUAUCCUAGAUAUUAUAUAUUUAUUUCGGAGGAGUUAUUCCACUCGAAAAUGGUAUCUUUUAAAUUUUGAGAAUUUUUCAAACAGUGUAAAAGCUUUAAUUCCAUAUAUUUUUUAG